UGUGGUUUAAAUGUUAAAAAAAAAAAAAAAAAAGAAAUACAUUUUAAGACAUCUUGCUAUACCAGGCUAUUCGAACCAAAUGUAUUUACUCAGUAUUAGGAUAUGACUACUUGUUUUUUAUUACAGCCCGUGAUAAUUAAUACAUUACAAAACAUUGUAAACAUUAGGCUAAAAGAAAGUCAUCCCACUCCUCUACGUCUACAUCACAGCGUCACGCGCUUCUUUUUGAAUGUGAUUUUUCUCCAAUGAGGGACGGAACAUAUGGCAAAUUACGCUACAGCACUUAUAUUAUUGCACUUAUAUUAUUACGCUACAGCACUUAUAUUAUUGUUGGCUAUUAACUGCGAGCAGACAGAGUGUCAAUCAAUGCAUUGGAGAAUACAGGCGAACAUAAAGAAAGAAAACGAUGUUGCUUAUCAGAUUUCCCUAACAAGCGACCAUAUUUUUUAAAAUAAGCCCAAAAAACCGCAACCAGGGAUUUUUCCCCGCGACUUUACAAAAAAAGAAGCCAUAAGUCGCGUAUAAUACGCGGACUUGGCAACUGUGGCUGUAUGAGAGGCGAAGUGAGCGUGCAUUCACACUGUACUGAACGCACACACUCUUCAUCUGCUGAAUGAAGCGCGUCGCGCGCGCUCUGAUGGGCGUGGUGCUACUAAACUAUGCGCCACGCCCUGUUACUAUGGCAACUCCUAUGACAGACAGUGAACCGGAUAAACAGGGCCGAGCGCGUGGCCCUGGCGACACGCCCACCGACGAGGGCGGUUGUACAACAAAAGUCACGUGACGCGCGGAGCAUUGCAUAAAUGAGGAUGACACUGUCGUUUUAUAACAUUCCCGAAGCAGCCAGCGAUGUUAGCGUGUUAGAGCGCUUUAGACGGUUGUGACCGGGUCGAUCGGUCAGAGAUGUGGUCGUGGGUCGCGGCGCUGCUGGCGGGGCUCCUCUCCGCGCAUCUCGCGCAGCGCCGGUGCUUCCCGUACUUCUGGAGAGACGCGCUGUUUCUGACGAGAGUCCUGAGAUACGGCGCGCGUCUGGAGUUCUACAAGAGGAGCGCGCGGGUCGUGACGGUCGUGGACCGGUUUGUGCAGCAAGCCCAGCGGAUUCCCGACAAACCCUUCCUGAUCUGCGACGGACAGACGCUCAGCUACGGAGCGCUCGAGCAGCGCAGCAACAGAGUCGCGCGCGUGUUCCAGCGCGCGGUGAAGAGCGGAGACACCGUGGCGCUCCUCAUGAGCAACGAGCCCGACUUCAUCGCGCUCUGGCUCGGCUUCUGCAAGCUGGGCUGCUCCGUGGCGUUCCUCAACACCAACAUCAGAUCCAGAUCCCUGCGGCACUGCUUCAGCUGCUGCGGCGCCAGGCUGCUGCUGGUGGGAGCGGAUCUUCUGGAGGCUGUAGAGGACAUUCUUCCGAGUCUCCAGGAGGACGGGAUCGGGGUCUGGAGUCUGAUGCGAGAGAGCUCUCGACCCGGAGUCCACAGUCUGCUGGAUAAGAUUGAGCAGGCGUCUCCGGAGCCGGUCCCCGCCGAGCGCCGCUCUGUCCGCUGCCUCAGAACCCCCACGCUCUACAUCUUCACCUCAGGAACCACCGGGCUGCCCAAAGCCGCAGUCAUCACACAUUUGCAGGCCCUGAAGGCUGCAGGUGGGUUUUGGGCUUACGGCGCCACAGGAAGUGAUGUCAUCUACACGCCACUUCCUCUGUAUCACAGUGCUGCCUCGCUCGUGGGCAUCGGAGGGACCAUUGAACUGGGUGCUACCUGUGUCCUAAAGAAGAAGUUUUCAGCCUCUCAGUUUUGGCAUGACUGCAGGAAACACAAUGUCACCAUAUUCCAGUAUAUAGGAGAGCUGUGUCGAUAUCUAUGCAAUCAGCCCACGGCAGAGAAUGAGAAGGAUCACAGGGUGCGCAUGGGUGUUGGGAACGGCCUCCGACAGGACGUAUGGAGAGGGUUCCUCCGGCGCUUUGGGGACAUCCGCAUGUGUGAGAUCUACGGCUCCACUGAAGGAAAUCUGUGCUUCAUGAAUCACAUCGGCAAGAUCGGAGCUGUCGGACGCUCCAAUUUCUUCUACAAGCUGAUUUUUAAGUAUGAUCUGGUGAAGUAUGACCUGAUCGGAGAUGAGCCUGUGAGAGACCGCAGUGGAUUCUGCCAGCAUGUUCAGAGAGGUGAGACGGGGCUGCUGCUGUCUAAGAUCUGCAGUCAGAGUCCGUUCUUCGGUUACGCCGGCAGCAAACAGCUGACGGAGAAGAAGAUCCUGAGAGACGUGUUUGUCAAAGGAGAUGCUUACUUCAACACCGGAGACCUGAUGGCUGAGGAUGAGGACGACUUCAUCUGCUUCAGAGACCGAGUGGGAGACACUUUCAGAUGGAAGGGGGAAAAUGUGGCGACCACUGAGGUGACGGAGAUCCUGGGACUGGUGGAUUUUAUUCAGGAAGCCAGUGUGUACGGAGUCCAGGUGCCAGGAAAUGAGGGUCGAGCCGGAAUGGCUGCAGUGAUUGUGAGGCCCGAGUGCACAUUCGAUGGGAAGAAACUGUUCAAUCACGUCCUCAAGGAACUGCCAUCAUACGCUCGACCCCUCUUCAUUAGAUUGCAGGAGUCUCUGGAGAUGACCAGCACCUUCAAGCAGCAGAAGUUUGCUCUGGUGGAGAGCGGCUUCGAUCCCCGCAGCAUCAGCGAUCCGCUCUUCUUCUUGGACUUCAGCGAGAAGAGCUACCUUCCCCUGACCAGCUCCGUCUAUGACAGCAUAGUGAGCGGUCAGAGGAAAGUCUAGCCUUUAAAACGCCAGCGGACCUUAGAGAAGUGAUUUAGCAGCAGACCAUGAGCGUUCGUAGCGCUGUAUAUCUGAUCAGAGUCCGCCGUGAAUUAUUGAUCACGAGCUGCAGAGCGUGUCAUUUAGUGAAUAUAGAAUUAGUGCAUAUAAAAGCGGGUAAUGCUGAUAUGCUGCGAGUGGAGAUCUGCUGUCAUGUGUGCUGAGAUCAACACAACAGUGUAGUGAUUUUAAGACAGAGAUGAAUGUAUGUGUCCUAUGAAGGAAACACUCUCUUAGAUUUGGAAAGAGUGUGCUCCACACAGGCACCUGCUGUUCUGUUUUAAGAUGUACUUUCACAUUUGGCUUUAGUGUGCGUCAUACGUGCGCAUCAGUGCUUUAACUCAAUCCCUGUGACAUUUCAAUUGUCAAAGCAAAUUCCAGUAAUCAUGUAACGUCUUCCUGCUGAUUCACGAAGCCUUCGCUGUUCUGACGUCACACCUGUCUGCUUGUAUGUAUUUGAAUCAUUUUAAUCGAUGUGUCAUAAAACCGUCCAUCUUUUGUAUAUGUUGAAGUGUAAUAUUAUAAUUGUGUAAUGCAUAUACACAUGCACUUUGAAUAUUUCAAAUACACAGAAUUAAGUCUGACUCAAACUGCAAUUUUUUGCUUUGGUUCUGAACAACAUAGAAAGCGAAGGCUUACUUUACCCUUUUUUUUUUAUCAGAGCACUUGAAACAUUUGAGAUUCACUGUGAAUUGUACUUGAAACUUCACUUUUUCUUCACUUACUGAAGUGAAAAAUGUAUGCAAUGUUGUUAAUCAGGUUUUUUUUUUUUAUAUAUAUAAACCUAUGUAAUAAUAAAUGGCAAUUUUGUUUACAUGCA